CUAUAAAUCGUUGGUAACCUAUCACUUUCAGAUAAUGAUUGAAUAGAAAUGAGAACAUUGUGUGAAGUAGUGAAAUUGUAUCAAAUCAUAUAAUUUAUAUGGAUUAAGAUACAUCACGUAACAAAAUUCUGUGAAUGAUUUUGAUCUAUUCAAUGUUAACAUGUUGGAUCAAAUAAGAAUGUAAAGAACAAUAUACAAUGCAUCUACUUUAUGUUGGUACAUUGUAUCAAGAACUGUGUUGAUUCUGUGUACACAUUGUUUUGGCAAUUUAAAUUACAAUAAUGAGUAGUGAGAAUUUACAAGAACAUCUAUUUCAAAUUGAAGAUAUGGAGUCACCACCAUCUUCGCCUACUUUCCAAAAGUUUAGUCAUUCGUGCGUAAAUGUAUGGAUGGAAAAAAUGAAUAAAGGAAUACUGUCAUGUGCUCAUUUUAAUGAACACUGGAGAGUCUGGGUUCCACGGAUAUAUAGUCCACAACAAAAUACCAAUUGUCUAGAUUGGGCUUUUGAUGAAGAAGCAGCAAAAAAAGUACUUUUUGAUACUUUAAAAGAAUUUAUUUGUAAUGGUGAUCCAGAUAUUGUACUAAAAGAACUAAGUCAAAUGGAUAAUGUGAUAUGCGGUAAAGUGUUCAAAAUGGGUGAGGCUACAUAUAGUUGUAGAGAGUGUGGUGUGGAUUCAACAUGUGUUCUGUGCGCAGAUUGUUUUAAGCAAUCAGCUCAUCGUAAUCAUAAGUAUAAAAUGGGUACGUCUAGUGGAGGAGGAUUUUGCGAUUGCGGGGAUAUAGAAGCUUGGAAAAAAGAACCAUUUUGUAACACACAUCUAGCUGGAAUACAAGCUAAAGAAUCUCGUGGAAAUAAAUUACCUGGAGAUAUAGCAGAAAGAGCAGUAAUAACUUUUGAGGCAAUAUUAAGAUAUUGCCAUACAAUGUUAUCUUUGGAACAUACAAUUGGAUUACCUUCUGAUUUGUGUUCUAAUAAUACAGUGGAUGAUGAUUAUUGUAUAGGAGAUUAUUGUACAGUUCUUUUCAAUGAUGAGACUCAUACAUUUGAUCAAGUAAUUAGUACUCUUAUACGUGUUAUGCAUUGCUCACAAAGAGACGCAUUAGAAUUUGUAACAAGUGUUGAUAGAGAUGGCAGAGCUGUUGUAAAAUGUGCAGAAUUUCAUGAGUGUAAAGAAUUACAGAAUGAUAUUGAAAAAUUCACAUCGCGACAUAGCAAUAGAGCAUUAAAAGUACUUGUAGUUCAUGCUCAUGUAAUUGCUCACCAAAUAUUUGCUAUGCUACUUUUACAUUGGUUACAACAAUUUAUAAAUCCCUGUGAAAGUUUUAGAGUGCUUUUCAGUAAUGUUGCGCUCAAUACAAAAUUACCAGUUAUUUCCAUUGUAGAAGGUAUACUUAUGAAAGAUUCACAAUUAUGGAAAUCCGCAAGAACAGCAUGGCACAGAUUACUAAUGUCUGGAAUGCUUAUGGAAUAUGAAAGCAAAAGAGCUCUAGCAAUUGUUUUUACGUAUAAUUACGGUUCUAUUAUGAAAGAUUACAUAAGAGACGAUCAUGAUCAUUCAUUUUCUAUUGUCUCGUUCUCUGUACAAUUGUUCACAGUUCCAACAUUAGCGCAUCAUCUUAUUGCACAUCAUGAUGUACUGUUUAUCUUAUUAAAUACAUUUAUUUCGGAAAGUUCACGAAGAUGUAAUGCAGCAGGAAAGUUGGAAUUUGAAAGAGAUACGCCUAAUACUUCAUUUAAAAGAGCUCUAUAUAUGCUCCAAGAUUUACGAUAUUUACUAAGCUCCAAACCAGAUGUUUGGACUGAUGAAUUAAGAAAAAGCUUUUUACAAGGACUUUCACUUUUGCUCACAUUACUUAGCAGUAUGCAAUGCAUGGAUUCUGUAGUGAGACAAGUUGGUCAGCAUAUGGAAUAUGAACCUGAGUGGGAAUCUGCAUUUAAUUUACAUAUUAGACUAUCUUCAGUUAUUAGUCUUGCAUUACAAUGGUGUGGUUCGGAUCAGAUAGUUCUAAUAAAAGCUUUUCGUUUAGUUUUAAGAAAGCUAUAUGAACAACCAGGACAUGAAAUUGGUCCACCUCAAGUGAGAGAAUUAGCAGAUCAUAGUGCAACAUGUCUCCAAUAUGACGUAUCAUCUGAACCAGUAUCUAUACAUCUCCCACUUUCCAGAUUUCUGGCAGGCCUUUUUCCAUAUCUUGAAAUGUAUGACUUACAUUUUCAGUGUGCAGAGUUUAUCAAUCAUACAAAGCCAACAUUAGAACAGAUCAUAGAACCGGUAUUAGCAACUCAAGUAAUGAUUGCGCAAGUACAUAGUGGUAUGUGGAAGAGGAAUGGAUAUUCGUUAUUAAAUCAGUUAUAUUUUUAUCACAAUGUUAAAUGCCGUUCAGAAAUGUUAGAUAGAGAUAUCAUCUUGCUUCAAGCCGGAGCAUCUUUAAUAGAAAGUAAUGAAUUUUUGAUCCAUGUUUUAAAUAAAUUUAAUCUUUUACAAUGGGCAAGUUCAGACUUUGAUGUGAAUGCUGUCAAAUAUCUUGAAGAUGAAAGUAUCAGACAAACUUUAGUUGAAGAAUUUCUAGGGUUACUUAUAACAAUAAUAGGAGAAAGAUAUGUACUUGGAGUUGGACAAGUUACCUCUGAUGAUAUUCUGAAAAAAGAAAUCAUUCAACAAUUAUGUAUUAAACCUCUUUCUCAUUCAGAGCUUAGUAAAACAUUAUCAGAUGAUACAUAUUUGGAAAAUGAAAUGGAAAAGGUAAUACAAGAUAUUGCAAAUUUUAAAAAACCUUCUCAAGUAUCAGCAGGGAAAGGUGUAUAUGAACUAAAACCUCACUUAUAUUCGGAAUAUAAUGUAUUCUUUUAUCAUUAUACAAAAGAGGAAGUAAGUAAUUCCGAAGAAAGACAAAGAAAGCGAAGAAAAGCUUUAGGAGAAUUACAAUGUUGUCCACCUCCUAAACUUCCUAAAUUAACAGAAGUAUUUAGUUUAGUAACUAAUUUAUUACAAUGUGAUGUUAUGUUACAUAUUAUGCAAAUUAUAUUAGAAAGAGCACUUAAUUGUAAACCUCGCAGAUUUUCAGAAUCACAAGUACAUAAAAUUUUACAUCUUAUUGGGUAUGCUCUUCAAGAACAAGAAUCUAGUUAUUAUCCUUUUUUUGCUUUUACAACAAGGGCUGCAAAAUGGAAAAUCUAUAAAUUGUUAGAAGGUUUAUCUAGUACUCCACGUAUAGAAGCUCAUAAAGAUUUAUUAACAUGGAUUUUAACAAAAUACAGAGAAGUUGCUGGUAAUACCCCAAUGGAUGUUAGCACAACACCUACUGCAUCACGUACAGAAAAUGUUGAAACUGAUAAAGAAUGGAGAACAAAAAUGGCAGCAGAAAAACGAGCAAGAAUAAUGGCACAAAUGGCUGCUAUGCAGAAACAUUUUAUGACAAAGAAUGCUGAAUUAUUUGAAGAAGCAGCUUUAGAUGUGAAUAAAUCUAAUGACCAAGAUUCUAAUAUGAAUUGCAAAAGAUGCCCUCAAAAAAUACCUGUUGCUAUUGGUAUUGGACAAACAUCCAGAAUAUCCGGUGAAGAAACUUAUAAAACUUGUAUUUUGUGUCAGGAAGAUCAAAUUGUAACAGCAGCUGGUCAAGCAAUGGUGUUAGCUGCAUUUAUUCAACAAUCUACAGUUCUCUGUCAACACAGGGCUAAUACUAAUGAACCUGAUCCAUUAUAUCUUUCCGCAAAGCUUGGUGCAUCACCACACAUUAGUACUUGUGGUCAUGUAAUGCAUGUUAAUUGUUGGCAAGAAUAUUUUAACAAUGUUCUUGCAAAAGAGAAUAGAAGACCAUUCCGUUUGCGACAACCGGCAAGUUUUGAUGUGGAGAAACAUGAAUAUCUUUGCCCACUUUGCGAAUGUCUCAGUAACACUAUUUUACCUCUUUUACCAUCUUUAAGAACAUUACAACCAACUCCUCAAAAUCAACCUGAACUUGAUUUUCGUACAUGGUUGGAGGCUUUAAGUAUUACAAUGCAAGUUAGAUGUGGAUUAAGUGAAAAUUUACACAAACCAAAAUGUAUUCAAGACGAACAUGAUCCGACAUGUCGGUAUUGCAUAAUGCCAGUUCCAUGUCAUAUACAAGCUAUUCGUAAUCAACUUGGAAAUGUAGAAAAUAUGUUUGAGUUAAAUUACAAUCAAUCUGGUCCAUCCAUUUCAGAAAAUUUAAUAUCUACAAUUCAACUUUUUGCACAAGCAAUAUACACAAAAGAAUUUGGCACCGAACCAGAUGAAGAUGAUGAAAGGGUACCAUUAUUAGCAUGGAAGUCAACAGCAUACAGUGUUCAUGCUAUAGAAUUUCUUCUCCGUGACAUGAACAAACCUUUAUUAGGUGCUUUGUCAUCUAGACAAAGAGACAGUCUAGAAGGACUUACAAGGAUUUCCGCUGUAUUAGGAUCUAAAUGUCAAUUACGUACUAGUACAAAAGUGACAUGGACAGAUAGGGAUAUUAUCCAAAAUAAUGCAAUUUCUCUUUUAACUCUAUUGUUAAAAACUUCACCUGAAGGCCCAAGUAUUUUCGAUUGGGAUCCAUUUGGAGUGCUUAUACCUUUAAUUAAUUCAUUUCCUAGUCUUUUUUGUACAAGCUUUAAGGCUGUACCAUCAAUCAUUACUGGCGGAAUAUUUGAAUUUUAUGCCUUGCAGCUUAUAUUUAUAUCCCUAAUAGUAAAAAUAUUAUUAACAUCAGAUUUUAAUGAAGAGAUGGAUGUAGAUAACCCAGAGACAACUGAAAAUACAUGCUCCGAAUCUAUCUUAACAUUGGCUCAAGUUUUAAACAUUAAUGUUGGCACUCAAGUAGUUGCUAAUAUAUGGAGACGAGUCGCAAAUGCUUCUUUGCCUUUUCUUAGAUGUUGUGCUCUCUAUUUUCAUUACAUAUGUGAUGUUCCAGCACCAGAAGAACUAACUAAAAUAGAUGGAGCUACAUAUGAAAAUAUCUGUGCAUAUUUGGGAUUACCAACAACGUGUGAUGAUUUAAUAAAACCAAAUUUGGACAUAAUUAUAAAAUUAAUAAAUAUUUGGAAAAGUCAUCCCACUGUUCAAAUGCAUCUAUCUGGUGCUAGUACAAUCACAAUAAUAAAAGAACCUUUGAAAGUUAACAGAUUAGUGGAGCUUCCAGAAGAUUAUAGUGAAUUGAUAAACAUGAUAUCGUCGUUUACGUGCCCAAAUAGCGUCCGUGAAGAUUCUAAAACACCGACGCUGUGCUUAGUAUGUGGCGAAAUGUUAUGUUCUCAAAGUUAUUGUUGUCAGUUUGAAUUGAACGAUGCACUGGUCGGUGCGUGCACAUAUCACGCAAGUAAAUGUGGAGCUGGAGUAGGAUUAUUCUUACGAAUACGAGAGUGUGAAAUUCUUUUCCUAAGAAUCUCGAAUCGAGGAUCAUUUGCUUGUCCGCCUUACUUGGACGAAUAUGGAGAAACAGAUCAAGGUUUACGAAGAGGAAAUCCACUUCGACUGUGUCAUGAUAAAUACAGGCAACUGAAUCAGAUGUGGUUAGGGCAUGGGCUAUAUGAAUCCAUAUCAAGGGCUAUUGAAUCUUCAAGUAGUCCCAUGUCAACCCGGUGGCAGCAUCUAUAACCAUUCUAGGAUUUUUAUGCUCUAGCCUGGACAUUUAGUUAUGGAUACUAAAUCUAUAUUUAGCAGAAACGAUCGUAGCAUACUAUGAUUGUUAAUUCUCUGUUUAAUCAUCGAAAGAAACUGAUGAAAUUAUUUAUUUUGAUGACAAAGUGUGGAUAGCUUUGUAUAUUUAAAAUGAUUGGGUGUUAUUCUCGUUGCAACGUCCUUUUAGAUUAUUUCAGAGUUUACGGAAUUUUCUAUUAUUGUGUAAAUUAAAUAUAAAUUUCUUUAUAAUUAUUGACAAAUGUUUGAAUAUUGUUGCUUGUAAAAAUUAGUUUGUAAUAUUAUUUGAAUAAUUGUCACAUUGUUUACAAAAUUCUAGGAUCAUAUGAGCAAUCGAAGUUGUAUAAAUGGAAAAUUUUCUGUAUUAGCUAUUUUAAAAUACUAUUAAUGAUAAACAUCACUUUUUGUGUCAUUUCACAUAAAUUUCAUAAAAUAUUUCGAAAUUAUCUUUUGUUAGAAAUUAUUAAAUGCUUAAAAGAAUCGAGUAUAUACAAAUUUGAAAGUUAUUGCAGUAAUUAAAUAUUUAUUUCAGUUUUAGAAUUUCUUAAUCAGUAUGCAAUACACAUACACACACAUAGAUAAAUGUUGAAAAAUCAUAAAAUACAAAGAUUAUUUCCGUAAAUUCAAAUAAAUACUGUGACAUAAUAUUUGUUCUCUCAUUGCUAGUCUUUUAGAUAAUUUGAUGAUACCUACAUCUUGCAUAAGAUUAACUUUUUUAUAUUAAUUAAAUUAGUUUCUUUUGCAUCUAAUAUUGCAAUGAGUUAACUUGUAUAUUGUACAGUUACUUAAUAUAAAUUUAUUUAUGUAUAGGUUUAUAAUAUAUUUACAUAUGAUAUAUAUAAAUAUUACUUAUAUUCUGGAUCAGUUCAGAAAGUUUAGAAUCCUUAAUUAAUAGUACCGCCAGAAACUGCAAUUAUAAUUAUUUUCAAUUUUGCUUAUAUGCAAUAAGUUUUAACAAAUAGCAUUAGUAUUUGUAAUGACAUUUAAAAUGUUUUAAUAACGAUUUUAUUACUAAUAACAGAGUCGUUAUCAUUUAUCAUUUUCUUUUUUGGAGUGCAAUAUGUACUUCUUGUUUUAUCUAAUUAAAUGUAUGCAGUAAACAUUAAUAAUAGCAAAAAGAUAUUUUACAUCUGCGAAUAUUAAAAAAUUUUGUUUUAACGAAUUAUUUAUAUAUUUAUAAUAUUUUAUGUUACAUUACAAACAUUUUCAAUUUAAUUAGUGAGAAGAAAUGUUCAGUUUUGUCAAUUAUGUAUAAUAUCUGAAAAUACAUAUACUUAUUGACAUUGA